UUCAUAUAUUCACUUGUGUUUUCCAUAAAAAGAGUGUUGUAAACAGUACUUGUAAGAAAAUGGCUUCCAAGGCUUUAGUUCUGUUGGGUCUAUUUGCAGCUCUUCUCGUCGUCUCAGAAGUCGCCGCUGCUGCAUCCGGUACAGUUAAGUCCGAGAGUGAGGAAACCGUGAAAACUGAUCAAUAUGGUGGUGACCAUGGCGGUCGUGGAGGCUACAACGGAGGAGGAGGCUACAACGGAGGAGGAGGUUACAAUGGAGGAGGACACAACGGAGGAGGCUACAACAGAGGAGGAGGUUACAAUGGAGGAGGCCGUGGAGGACACGGAGGUGGUUACUGCCGCUAUGGCUGCUGCUACAGAGGUUACCAUGGCUGUUCAAGGUGUUGUUCUUAUGCCGGAGAAGCUGUUCAGACUCAGCCUGGUCACUAAACAAUAUAAUAAGUUGACCACCAUGCAUGAUGGUAUCUAAAUAUACACUUAUGUGCAUAUGACUAUAGGUAACUUAAUGAUGGUGCGUUUGUAAUGAAGUACGUUAAGAAGAGUAAUGGGAAUAAAGUUUAAUAAUGUAAUGUUUAUGUGUUUUGAGUUGUAAUCUGCCAUGUUUGCGUAAUAAAAUCUCUUCUGUGGUUUUACUAUUA